GUGUCGUCAGCCGAGCCGCGCGCAGGGUGGACUCCAUCAGGUCCCCCAGGCAGGUCCCCUGUGACCGCAGACCCGAGAUUCCCGCUCGCCGGGUCGCUUCCGUAGUCCCCAGAGGUCACUUUGGAGGGACUCCUUCUUGGGUGGGUUUUCCUGGUGACCUGAUUCGGCCUGCGCAGACUGUUCUUCCAGAUGGUGUGGAGUGGGAGGAAGUUCUUCCGGCUCCAUAGACAACCUGAGCUCAGCGUGUUCCUCUCUGCGUAGUGGAAGACUUCCUGGGCACGGGCAGGUCACCAGCCACGCAAGUGUCCGCAGAGCAACCUGGUGGGAGUGUCGCUCGCUCCGGUCCGCGGUCCGCGUCCUGGCGUGUUGAGAUAGCCAGACAUGUGCCGGGGUAGCCAGACAUGUGCCGGUCAGAAAACAAAACAAACCCAAAAACUACAUUUCCCAGCACCCACGGUUAUUAUACUCUCACGUGCCGGAGGACAGGGCUGGGAUUUCAACGAUAGGUGGAUUUUUCCUAAAGGGCCCUGAAGCUGCCACAGACUCCGCCGUGCCGUGUUGUCAUCCAGGCGCCAGCCAUCCUCAGUGAGAAGGGCCGGGAAUCUUACUCCAGGUUUGCUCAGCCACCAUGGGUUGCAAAAAGCUGCUCGGCCUGGGUCAGCAGAUGCUGCGCCGGAAGGUGGUGGACUGCAGCCGGGAGGAGAGCCGGCUGUCUCGCUGCCUCAACACCUUUGACCUGAUAGCUCUCGGGGUGGGCAGCACCUUGGGUGCUGGUGUCUACGUCCUGGCCGGUGCGGUGGCCCGGGAGGACGCCGGUCCCGCCAUCGUCAUCUCCUUCCUCAUCGCUGCCCUGGCCUCGGUGCUGGCUGGCCUGUGCUACAGCGAGUUCGGAGCCCGGGUCCCCAAGACGGGCUCAGCCUACCUCUACAGCUACGUGACGGUCGGGGAGCUCUGGGCCUUCGUCACCGGCUGGAACCUGAUUCUCUCCUACAUCAUUGGUACGUCAAGUGUGGCGAGAGCCUGGAGUGGGACUUUUGACGAGCUGAUAGGCAAACCCAUUGGAGAGUUCUCACGGCAUCACAUGGCCCUGAAUGCCCCUGGGGUGCUGGCCCAAAACCCUGACAUAUUGGCUGUGAUUAUAAUUCUCAUCUUAACAGGAUUGUUAACUCUUGGUGUGAAAGAAUCAGCCAUGGUCAACAAAAUAUUCACCUGCAUUAACGUUCUGGUUCUGUGCUUCAUCAUGGUGUCAGGAUUCGUGAAAGGGUCCAUUAAAAACUGGCAGCUGACGGAGGAGGACUUCUUGAAUAGAUCUAGCCCUCUCUGUGGGAACAAUGACACAAACCUGAAACACGGUGAGGGCGGGUUCAUGCCCUUUGGAUUCUCUGGCGUCCUGUCAGGGGCAGCGACCUGCUUCUAUGCCUUCGUGGGCUUUGACUGCAUCGCCACCACAGGGGAAGAAGUCAAGAACCCCCAGAAGGCCAUCCCCGUGGGCAUCGUGGCGUCCCUCCUCAUCUGCUUCGUAGCUUACUUCGGGGUGUCGGCAGCCCUCACGCUCAUGAUGCCUUAUUCCUGCCUGGACAUCGACAGCCCACUGCCCGGCGCCUUCAAGUACAGUGACUGGGAAGGAGCCAAGUACGCGGUGGCUGUCGGCUCCCUCUGUGCACUUUCCGCCAGUCUCCUAGGCUCCAUGUUUCCCAUGCCCCGAGUUAUCUACGCCAUGGCUGAAGACGGACUGCUGUUUAAAUAUUUGGCCAGAGUCCACGAGAGGACCAAAACACCAGUAAUCGCUACGGUGACCUCAGGCGCCAUUGCUGCUGUGAUGGCCUUCCUCUUUGAAUUGAAGGACCUGGUAGACCUCAUGUCCAUUGGCACUCUCCUGGCCUACUCUUUGGUGGCUGCCUGUGUGUUGGUGUUAAGGUACCAGCCAGAACAACCUAACCUGGUAUACCAGAUGGCCAGAACCACCGAUGAGUUAGAUCACGUAGACCAGAAUGAGCUGGUCAGUGCCAGUGAUUCCCAGACAGGCUUUUUACCGGUAGCCGAGAAGUUUUCUCUGAAAACCGUACUCUCCCCCAAGAAUAUGGAGCCAUCCAAAUUCUCGGGGCUGAUUGUGAAUGUGUCAGCCAGCCUCCUAGCUGUUCUUAUCAUCAUCGUGUGCAUCGUGGCUGUACUUGCAAGAGAGGCUCUGGCCGAAGGGACGUUGUGGGCAGUCUUUCUCAUGACAGGCUCGGUCCUCCUCUGCAUGCUGGUGACGGGCAUCAUCUGGAGGCAGCCUGAGAGCAAGACCAAGCUCUCGUUUAAGGUACCCUUUGUCCCCAUACUUCCCGUCUUGAGCAUCUUCGUGAACGUCUAUCUCAUGAUGCAGCUGGAUCAGGGCACAUGGGUCCGGUUUGCAGUGUGGAUGCUGAUAGGCUUCACCAUCUACUUCGGUUAUGGGCUGCGGCACAGCGAAGAGGCGUCCCUGGCUGCUGGCCAGGCCAGGACUCCCGACAGCAACUUGGACCAGUGCAAAUGACGCGAAGCCUCACCCCCCGAGGUGGCAGCGGUUGAGGGGUGCCCAUAAAGGCCCCGGGACCUUCCCACUCUCUCCACCCACGCCACAGGAUCCGCUCACAUCCCCAAGGUCACCGAAGGUGCCGUGAGCUGGACCGCAGCCUCAGCCACAGCUGCCAUAACCUGGCCGGACAGCCCUGCAGCCAGCUCAUGGGGGUCCUGGUCACUUCCGGACAGCUCCCUGGUCUCAUUUCUCCCUGCCAGCUGGGCCCUUUGCUGCUGCUGCUGCCCCAGCAGAAGGAACACCCCCCCGCUUCUCCUCUUACUCGGGAAGCAGGCCUCCCUUCCCGGUACCACCCUGGUAUUGCUGAUGUACACACUCCAGAUCCUGAGCGAGCAUCUCUCUGUCAGCCCAGGUCAGGACGGCCUCCCGCCCACAAAAUGCAAGACUAGCCCACCUGCCGAUCCACCGCGGAGUACCCAACGAGGAGGAACUGAUCUCAGCUUACUACUUCCCGCCUGGGGUUCACACACCCUUUCCCAGCCUCUGUGACACUGUGACCGACCCCAGCAUGGCAUGGGCCAUUCGUCGUGAGCAUAGAAGAUGGGAGGGAUCCCCAGAGGGAUCGGUGGUGUCGAGGUGGGAAGGCCAGCUCUGCUCACAUGGACCAGGGGACAGUCUCUAGUCCCAUCCCAGGCAGGCCCACAUCGGCUUCUGCUGCUCUUGGCCUCCGGCCUCACUGUCCUGAGUCAUGGAACGUGAGGUCGUAUUAUUAGGAUUGAGUCAGGCUCUUGGGUCUUCUAAGGUUCUUCAGACAGGUGUUGGCUCAGUGUCCCGGGGCUGUGGCGCUCUUCCGGCCUCUGAUGUGAUCCGUGUGGCCUCUUACAUCUGAGGAGCGCUGUGGAGUCCUCCUGUUGCUUACUGUGAAUCACUCCACCAGAUUAGGUUGGGGCUUAAUGUUACCUUGGAAAAUAGCCAACUAAUUGCCGAGUGCCAUCAGCUUGUGGCUCACGGCGUGAGGUCUGCACAUGACGUGGCUUGGGGUCCUGCUGCUCUUCCUCUUGUGGUCUCUGUCUUUCCGCGUGCUGUGGUGGCUUUGUCUGCUGCUGGUGCUGAGAUUUCCGUAGGCUCCCUGCGUAUGCCUGCAUUUCCCCUCCCCGUGCCCCUCGGCUCUCAGGGCCUGCGCUCUUUCCCUUACUCUGUGUAGACAAACCAAGGAUGAUGAGAUGGCUGGCGAAUACUCAUUUUAGAACCAUUCAGAGCCAGCCCCCUCCCCGACGCUGGGGUGGGGAAGGCCAGUGUCUUAGGCCAGUGUAGAUGAUGAUGCUUUGACCCAGCUUCCUUUCCUCUCUGGCCCUUGACACAAGCCUGGUGGAAAGAGGCUGGGCAAACGGAUGGCGCUGUCCUCCCCGCUGUUCUCGAAGGUUCUUGGAAAUACAGGAUAGCAUGUAGCAUAUGCAGGGCGUCAGGCUCCAUCCCCAGAACUACAGAAAAUUAGGGAACCAGUGCAACAGCCUGAAGGCUAGGUCAGCUAGCGGAGGGCAUCAUGGCGGCCAAUCCAGGCCUCUGUGCCAGGCCCUGACCACCUUCUGGGUGCUUUGCCUCACAGGCUGUCCGAGAAUAUUCCAAAGGGAGUAUUGUAAGACCCUAAAGGUUGAGUUUCCAAAGAAAGGUAUUUAAAUUUAUGUAGAUUGGUGCUGUAAAAUAUUUUGAUAACUAUUAACUUAUUUUGUUCAGGUCUUGACUAUCUGUUGUCUUCUGAGGGCCUGUUAAAUAUUUGUCUGAUUUUUUUUCCUUGUUAUUUUUCUACGUAGACAAAGGAGAAGGGAGAACCCAGUGAGGCGUUGGGAGAAUUCUGUUCACUUUAUUUUCUUUCUUUGGUUUCUUUUUCGGGAUAAGGUUUCACUCGGUAGGUAGCUCACCUGGACUUUGGUAUUGUAGCCCAGGCUAGCCUCUGCCUCGGCCUCCUGAGUACUAGAGUCUAGGUAGGAGCCACCACUCCGUCUCUGUUACUGCUUUCUGGAUGGACCCCCUCUGUCUGCGGCAGCCUCGCAGUCUUUACAGCUGACGGUUCAGCCAGCGGCCCACAGCCCGCCAGCAGCGGGAAGGUGUAUUCAGGGGUCUGACCCGCCCCCCACCGCCGCCGCCGCCGCCGCCGCCGCCGCCGCCAUCUCUCCUGAGGACUCCUGACGCUGGCAGACACAGGAGCACCCACAGGCCCUGGUUGUAGGGGGCAGGCACCCUGUCCCCACUUCCGAGUCAGGAACAGAAGCUCAAGGAUGACCUGCAUAAGUUGACUGGCCACUGUGCUUUUACUAAGAGUGGACAGUUGCCAGGGGAGCUGGGGGGGGGGCGGCGGGGGACGGUGACCCAGAAUGGCACGCUCCUGGAGUGAGCCUCUAAUACGAUUUUUGUCCCAUUGCAGUUCUUCCUCCUGAAAUACACAAGCCAAAACCCAAAACAACACACACUAACAAAAAUCAAAACCUGACAGUGUCCCAUCUCUUAGCCUCCUACCCACAGGAGGGUCUCAUUCUGUUGCCCAGCUUGGCCAGUAUUUCCUGCCUAGUUGGGACUUGGACAUUUUUCUAAAGACACAUUCCAAGCCUCGUUUAUCUCCGACUAGAGUAUUCACAUUGGAAAGACCCGGUUUUCCAUGAGUUUGUGCCCUUCCUGUCUCUGGGUCGAAGUUCAUGAAGAAGCCAAUCCCCAGGGAGCUCUGUUUAGGAACGGGAUACAAGAUGUCUCCGCCUUCCAGAAGGUGGCCCUGGUGGGGGAGGGGGAUGCUGUUUAUAGAGACACUGGGCCCCCAUGUAUAUGCGUGGAAGCAUGCGUACACACCCGUGCCCAUACCCCAUCCCUGCCCACACUGUACAGUCAGGCAUUGGUGGGUUUACCUUGCAAACAAGGAAAAAGUGGAGGCCUGUCGUCCCGGGCGGUUCCCUGGGAGAUUGCAGGGUUUGUGCUGUUCUGGCUGCUCGCGGUUUGGCUUUUACAGUGGCAGUGGCCCCAUCAUCUCACAUCUCCAGCUGACAGCCAUCCUGUCCCCCCUGUGCUGACGAGGUGGUCUGGACACCAUGUGCCACCCACCCGCCCUUAGUGACCUGCACGUUUGGCCCAACCGGUGUGUGCACCCCACCCCACCCCACCCCACCCUGUCUGUUGCCUGCUGCUUUUCAUGCACAGGGCUGAGAAACAUCAGUGGGCAUGUGGGUGCCUUGCCCCCCGACCCCAGGCAGACAUUCUGAUUGGCUAGUGUUUACAUCCCCUCCAGCGAGGAACUCAUCAAACACUGGAUGAAGCUCGGAAACAGCAGCGUGAGAACCCGGAUUCCUGGGAUAAGCGUGGGCAGGCGCUGCUGGCCUGUGUACCUACCUACAAUGCAAACAUGCCUGGCUCUCACUAGGGCCCAUCCUUUCUGACUUGAAUGUCCCAUGUCUCCACAGACGCUUACAUCUUUCUAAUAAGAGCUCACUGUUGGCACCCAAGCAUUAAGGAAUGUUAGGGGUGGGAUCUAAGUGCCAGGGUGCCCAUCCCUUGGGGUGUUGGUGGGUGGUGGGAAAAGGGAGUUUGAGUCCAUGUCUGGUUGAGCUCCUCGCGAAGGGAAUCGCUGGACAGGAUACAUGAUGCUUGGAACUGUUACGGAAUUCAAAUCCAGAACUGAAUGUAUGUUAUGUACAGUUAUUUUAUGUAACUCAGACCUUCUGUUUGCUAUCGUAAUGAGAAGAUUGUAAGUAAGGCUCCUUGGAGGAGAGCACGCUGUCCAUUUUGUUAGGCUUGUUUGGGGUCAUGAAAUGCUUUAUUGACACAGUGUAUGGGUGCAACUCGCUACAGUCCUGAGGCCAAUUUGGUCGUGAUGGAUUUUUUUUUUUUUAAGGCAAAAAAAAAAAAAAAAAAAAAUUCCCAGCUGAGGUUCACCUCCCUCCCUCUAAUCCGGUCUUUUUGUACCCACUGCUCUAUUGAGCUGGGAAUGUGGUGUGGCCAAGGGUCUUGGGACAUAGUGACCAAGGAACCCUCCUGGACCAUUCUGUUACAUGUACUGAAUGGCUGACGAAAGAGCCCCGGGGGAGAGGAAAGAUCACAUCCAGACAUCUUCUCAGGGCGCUGGAAUGCCCAGCAGGGCCAGGAAGCAAGGUUUAGGAAGACAUAUAUGGACUAAUUUAUUGACAAGGGUUACCUUUGUGUUCCUUGUCAAGCUUUUUGAGUUUGGGACUUAUUUUCCCAUUUGAGAAAUUAUAAUAUAUAUAUAUGUAUUUAAGAUAUUUCCUGCUUCUUUUGUGCCUUGCAGCCUCAAUGGGUCAUGGAUCACAAAGGGUGAUGAUACUGAUGAGGGUUGGUUUAUUAUCAAACCUGAAUAGUCGUGGUUUCUCCGGGACAAUUUUUUUUUUCCUUCUACUGAACAUGGAGCCAUUAUUAAAAGAGUUAUGUGUGGUUUUUCAUUAUGUAAAUUGUAUAUAUUUUUUUGCUUGUUUGAGGUUCUAUUUUUCUAACAGUCUUGCAGUUUCUUAUAAUGGUGACAUUAGGUUAAGACUGAUGCUAACUGUAAAUCAAGCUGGUCUCUGCUGGAUUCCCGUGGUUUAAUUAUAUUUUAUUUUAAGGCCAAGUGCAGGUGUCAUCCAUCGCCCUUUCUUAAAAAUGUGAAACUUAUGUUUCCCCUUGUUGCUGAAUACAUUGUACACUGGCGACCCCCCCCCCAUAGAUCUGUGUCAUAAAAUCAAAGCUAUUUUGUGGUACAUUAUCUCAUGCUUCUGCAGAUGCUAAUAAAUCCUGUCUGGCUUCCACA